UAAGUGAGUGUUAAAUAAAAAUUCAGAAGACGCACAAUAAUACAAAUCAUUGCACCCGAAAUUUCUAGUACAAAUAGAAAUUGAAAACUAGGUAACAUUAUGGCAGGGAAAGAUACUAACGAUGAAGAAUUCCAAGAUGCACUUAGCGAGCCCGCGCCGUCCCCACAAAAAGCGACAACCAAUAAGCCAGAUCAUGAGAAAUUAAUAGAUGACAUUAUAGAAAAGAACAGUAAACUAAGUCUUACGGAUGAUGAAGGAGGUGCCGCGGGUGCCGAAGGUGCGAGUAAUAAGGACAAUGAUGAUGACGAAAGUGGUGACAAAGCUGAUGUGAUACAGCCCGAUGGAGAACUUAGCUUAGAAGAGCUGCAACUACAGGAGAAAGAGUUGAGUGUCGAGCAGCUGGCCGCUAACAAAGAGAAGGCGGACAAGCUGAAGCUCGAAGGCAACGAACUCUUUAAAAACGAUGAGCCCGAACGUGCCAUUGUUGUAUACACAGAAGCACUGAACAUUUGCCCCUCCGUGAAUAGUAAGGAGCGUGCUGUGCUGUUUUGCAAUCGCGCUGCGGCCAAGAUGAAGCUGGAGGCCAAUAAAGCUGCUAUUAGCGAUUGCACACAGGCCAUAGAACUAAAUCCAGUAUAUGUGCGUGCGUUGUUACGGCGAGCCAAGCUAUACGAACAGGAUGAAAGACCAGAUGAAGCAUUGACAGAUUACAAGCGUGUCUAUGAAAUCGAUCCUGGCCAGCCUGAAGCACGAGAGGCUCAAAUACGUCUGCCAGCUUUGAUAAAUGAGCGCAAUGAAAAACUUAAAACCGAAAUGCUGUCCAGUUUAAAAGGUUUGGGUGAUAUGAUAUUGAAGCCUUUCGGCUUGUCUACCGCGAAUUUUCAAAUGCAACAAGAUCCUAAUUCUGGUUCAUAUUCCAUUAAUUUUAAUCAAAAUAACAGUUAGUACGCAAUGCUGUGUCAAGUUUGUUAAAAGAAUAAAGUUGGAUAAAUCAUAAGAAAGG